UUCUCGUUUUCCUUCUUAAAUUAUAUUGUUGUAUUAUAUUUGAGCCUUUAAGUACGUGUUUCCAUUUCAAAUUGAAAGCAUUUUAUGUUGAACUUCAAGAAAUGACGAAGUCGGUGAACAAGUUGCUUUAAAGGAGAAUGGCAGACUACGUGGAACUACUAAAGGACAAACGAACUGGCAACUGGUUCAAACUAUUCAUUGCCUGUUUCAUAACGAAGCAAGGGCUAGAAAAGUUUGUUGAUAGCGGUCUAAAGAAAUUUCAUGAAGACAUUUAUACCCGCGUGUUCAAAAUGAAAAAAAUUCCAGAAGGGACAGAAUGCCACCAGUGUAAACCUCAGAAAAUAUUUUGUAAAAAUCCGCAGCCCUGCGAACACGGAAUCUGUGACAAAGUGCACGAGAUGGUGGCGAGAGAACACGCACUUAAAACACCUUCUUGGUCGAACACGCAGUGUUGGAUGAGCAGUUACUGGGAAGUAGCCAAGUGCUUUCUCCCCUCGUCUGGCUACAGGGAGAAUACAGGGGUUAAGGACACGGAUUUUAACGGCAUCGUUUCCUUGAUGAUUCACUGCAAACAUUUUCAGAAUAGCCUGUCGUUCUAUAUAGCCGACGAAAAAAGUGUUCUCUCGAAGGCUCGAGGCAUCGGGCGCCUAGUUCGACACGCAGCUGAGCUGGCAAUUACAGACCAAGAUAUGGACACGCAUUUCAAUGUUCUGCUGAAGCUUUUGGAGGACCCAAAAUGCCUCCUGCAGGACCCGGCCGCCCAGACGGCUGCCAGGAACAUACGACUGCUUCACGAUGAUAAUCUGGAAUUCUUAUCUGGCGAUAACGGAGACAUGCUAAGAGAGUUAACCAACCAACAAAGAACGGUAUGUGAUGAUUUCAUUUAGAUAUUGUCGUAAAUA